AGCAGACAGCAAUUCAGAAAGGCAGGAUGUUCCCAUCCCUGCAUUUCAGGCAAAGCAUUUUGCCUUGAUUUCUAAACGCUUCUUUAUCAGAAAUGGAAUGUGACUCUCCUAGGCCAAAAGAACAAAGGUAUCCUGGAAAAGGUUAAAAAGAAAAUCAAGAUGGCAGCUGAAAUCCAAGCCCUAACCCUUUUUGCACAUACUGAUGCAUGUAAAGGGAAAGAGCUUCAAUCAUGGGCUUGUGGCUUCCAUCUUGAUUUUAACCGCACCGUUGCCAUCCUUGCAAAAAGAGAGCAGAAAGAAGGAAGAAUAAGAAUAUUGGCAGGUGUGGGCUUUGCCACUAGGAAAAUAGCUGGAGUGGCCAAGCCCAAUAUAAUUAUCACUUGCAAUGGAGAUGUUAUUACCAUCAAGACUGAAAGCAGUUUCAAAAACACUGAGAUUUCCUUCAAAUUAAAAGAAGAAUUCGAUGAGACCACAGCAGAUGACAGAAAAGUAAAGAGUGUUGUGACACUAGACAAUGGCUCACUCAAUCAGGUGCAGAAAUGGGAUGGCAAAGAGACAGUAAUAAAAAGAAAAAUAGUGGAUGGUAAAUUGGUUGUGGAGUGUGUUAUGAACAAAACUGUCUCCACUCGAGUGUAUGAGAAAGCAUGAAAAAUCCAUCUUGUACAAAUUAGAAUUAUCUCAAAGCAAAAUAUGAAGUUCGAUUCACGGAACAGAGCCUGUUCUUCAGAAGCCGAAUUUGACAGGCCAACUUCCAAUUACUUUUGUACCUAAUUCAAAACAUUUUGGUUAUUCAAUAAAGUGUUUACCUUGAAAUGAAAA